GACACCACUGGAGAGGAUCAAAGUUUGAACCAGGGUUCGAGCUGCCUCCACACAGCAGAGCACAGGGCUAUCACCGCUCUACGAGAUCAAGGUCCUCUCCAAACCCAGAGUCCAGAACCCUGCCCAGAGGCCAGGACCAGAUCCCUUUCUAGAGGCCUUGACUACAGUCUUCACAGAGCAUCACUUAGAAAUUGGAAGAUGAGAAGAAUAUGUUUGUCCAUCCUCAUCAUCCUGUGUAUUGUGUCCAAAGCCUACACUGAAGACGUUCAACAAUCUAAUGAUCUCGUCAGAAAUCCAUCCAACGAGAUGUCUGAUCAUCCUGAGGAACAAGAAGUGAGCCCUCAAGUGGGAGAUAGCUUUUCUGCUAAAGACGUUCCUUCAUCUAAAGAGACAGAAUUGGGACGUAGGCAACCAUCGGGGGAAGACCCCUUGUCAGAGAAUCAGGAUAGUAGGAUACCAAAAAGGGUACGGAAGUCAGCAGAGCCUUCUAUCAACAGGGAUCGGAUCCGCUGGUUUCUUCUGGUCAGUCCGCUGCUGAUUGUCCUGCUGAGUCUGAUCACGUGUGCUCUAGGUAAAAAGGCGCUAUGGAAACCAGGAGAAGACGACCAAAAAAUUGUACUCUCCACUGCCCCUGUUCCAGAAUUAAUAUCUUUUGCGGUACAACCAAGAUAUGGUGGUGAAGUCCACCGAGGUGGAGAAGGAAGAAGAAACAUGAAGACAAGCUCCAGAGGUGCAAAGCCUGGAGGAGACCAUGAUUCCUACUCAGAAGGAAGAGGACACCGCAAGACAAGCUCUGGAGGACCAAAGCCUGGAGGAGGCCAUGAUUCAUACCCGGGAAAAACGGAAAAUCUUAACUUGGCACUAAAGGCUACUAGAACAAUCCCCACAGAUGUAGAAGAUAUGCAGCCGAGGCCAGCACCAAGCUCGAGAACCUCUAGAAGUGAUUCUCCUUCUCCUUCAGGGAUACGAGGCACGAAUCAGAAGGAAGGUCGUCAUUUCUCAGCAAAGGCUCCUGUAAAAAUCUCAAAUCAAGGGAAGGGAUGUUCCAUGAGGACAACGUCUAGAGUAGACUCAUAUACAGAAAGAAAAGGAGAAAAGUUUCAAGAUGGAAGGAUACAUUCUGUAGACAAAUAUGUAAGUUCUGUUAAUCAGCCAUACACUUCUACAGAUGGAGGAAGCUUGACAGUACCGACAGUAUCUGCAGGGGGUGAUCCAGACAAUAGAUACUAUUUAGAAAAUAAAUUAACUACAGAGAAUCGAAUGAAAACCUCAUCAAUAGGCAAAGAUCGAGUGAAGCAAGAGAAAACCUCAUCAGAAGGUGAAGGCCAAGCAAAACUAGAGAAAACCUCAUCAGAUGGUGAAGGCCAAGCAAAACGAGAGAGAACCUCAUCAGAAAGUGAAAUCCAAGUGAAGCGAGAGAAAAUCUCAUCAGAAGGUGAAGGCCAAGAGGAGCAAGUGAAAGUCUCAUCAGAAGGUGAGGACCGAUUUAGGCGAGAGAAACCCUCACCAGAAGGCAAAAACCAAGCAAAGCGAGAGAGAACCUCAUCAGAAAGUGAAAUCCAAGUGAAGCGAGAGAAAAUCUCAUCAGGAUAUAAGGACGAAGAGAAGCAAGAGAAAACCUCUUCAGAGGUUGAAGUCCAAGCUAAACAAAAAACUUCAUCAAAAGAAUUAUUGCAAAGAACGUUUCUUCUGAAGCUGAUGGCUUUGGACAUUUCAGCCAGGAAUACUGUUGAAGACGAUGAAGAAACAUUAUUGGAGUCAGAAGAAGAGGAAUAUGGAGAUAUGAAGUCAUCAGAAUGCUUUAACCCUCUCGAUGUGCUUUGUGGCCUCUUGCAUCAAUCAGAUAUGAUCUUAAAACAACAGAUUGUGUCCAAAAUGUCCAUGUGUCAAUUUGCUGUCCCUCUACUUCUCCCUUCUCCCCACACACAAGACUGCACAUUUAUGCUGUGGUCAAUGAGAGAUAUCGUGAAGAAAUGGAGACCUCACUCUAUGACUACUAGUAAAACUUAUGUGGAAGACAGUAUAGUCAAUGUUCCCAUGCCCAUGUUCUCCUUUGUUAGACUUGGGACCUGUAGCAUAUCAAAAUCUCGAUAUCUCAACCAAGUCCUAAGUCCAUCUCAGCAGAAUCAUAACUUCUUUGUGCAUGGCGAUAUGCCUGGUGGGAAUAUACCUAGAAAACACUCUGAUGGACUUGUGGAAAUUAUCUGGUAUCUUCCAUCAGGACAUGAACAGUUAGAUGUUUUUCCUGAGCCCAUUGCUGUUAUGAAUCUACGAGGAGAUCUUGAGUCCAAUGAGAAACAGUUGAAUUUUUUAACACGCGUAUCAUCGGCUCUGUUCAUAUUUAUUGAGGAAGUACACGAGAACCAGCACAACCUACUAUCAAGAUUACGAAAUGUGACAAAUGUUUUCUUGAUUCUUAAUGUAAGAGAUAGAGAAGACAACAUGAAGGACCUGAAGACUCUCAAUGACACACUUCAACUGCCAAGACAAAAUAUUCUAGUUAAGAGCAAACAUAUCAAUGACUCCCAGGUGGUAAAGAAAAUAAGAUCAGCAAUGAAAAUGAUUUUUACAGAAAUCAAAGAAACGUUUAAUCUUGAGCAAAUUUCGAAGAAGGCCACCGAAUUUAGCAUUGAUGAGAACUCUCCAGAAUGCAAAGAAACAAAAGCUAAAGCCAAGGAAAUAACAGAUGAAAUAAACAAUAUAAAUCACUAUAAGCAUGAAACAAUGAAGCUACAGGGAGACCUCUGGAAAGAAAUAUCUAAAAUAGAGAAGGAAAUAUGUAGAAUGAGGAAGCUAGGUGAUGAAGAUGCAGAAGAAUAUAAAUCUGGGCUUCAGGCAAAAAUACUAGCACUCCAAAUGGUACAAAGACAACACCAUCUGACAGGUGGCAUGCUGAGAUUUCAAGAAGCUUUGAUGUUAACAGAAAGGACGUUAUUUCUGAAAUGGCUGAAAAUACUGCUUGACAAAAUAGGGAAAAACCAUCUCAGGGAAUUACACAAUGAAUACAAAUUUAAAUAUCAACGUCGAUCAACAACUGAACAAGAUCUUCAAAUAAUUGACCAGAAAAUAGUAGAUGGCUCACUGGGUGUAGAACAUUUUAUACGGGAGCUUGGGCAAUAUUACGAGGCUAAAUGUUCCAUGAUAAAACAAGGAUUCAUUCCUGAAGAUAGAAUACAGUUUGCUGGCUUGCCAGGAAUUGCUUCUGACCUUCUUCUGGAUGGGUUCCCAUUUGAGCUUAUUGAUGGAGAUGCCUCUAACAUUCCCUUAGAGUGGGUAACUGAUGUCCUGACGGAGCUGGAUAAGAAGACUGGAGGACAAUGUAGGAUGAGAGUGAUAACUGUGCUGGGGGUGCAGAGUACAGGGAAGUCCACACUUCUGAACACCAUGUUUGGUCUACAGUUCCCUGUAGCCAGCGGACGAUGCACACGAGGAGCCUUUAUGACCCUUAUUAAAGCGAAGGAGAACUUCCAGGAGGAGCUAAAUUGUGACUUCAUUCUAGUCAUUGACACCGAAGGACUGAAAUCUUUGGAUCUUGCUUCUCUGGAAAACAGUUAUGAACAUGACAAUGAGUUGGCCACAGUCGUAGUUGGCUUAAGUGACAUCACCAUAGUCAACAUGGCCAUGGAAAAUGCAGAAGAAAUGAAAGAUAUUUUGCAGAUUGUGGUCCACGCGUUCCUUAGAAUGAAAGGAAUAGGAAAGAAAUCCAGCUGCAAGUUCGUUCAUCAGAAUGUGAGCGAUGUGUCCGCUCAUGUGAAAAACAGAAAUGCUAGACAGACAUUUCUUCUACAGCUGAGUGAAAUGGCAAAAGUGGCAGCAAGAAUGGAGAAAAGAAGUGGAAUUAAUAACUUUUCAGACAUUAUUUACUGUGACAUUGAAAAAGAUUCCUGGUACAUUCCUGGGUUAUGGUACGGCAUACCACCUAUGGCUUCUGUGAACUCCGGGUACAGUGAAACGGUUAGCGAGUUAAAGCAAUCAAUAAUUGGAUCCCUACAGUCAAUGGAUGGAAAACCUCAAAAUAUUAGAGAAUUUACAGAGUGGAUAAAAAGUUUGUGGAAUGCCGUAAAACAUGAAAAAUUUGUCUUCAGCUUUAGAAACCGAUUAGUCACGGAAGCCUAUAACCAGCUCUGUAUUUAUUAUGCAGAUUGGGAAUGGACAUUUCAGAAACAUAUUCAUAGAUGGAUGAUGGAGACAGAAACUUUCAUCUACAACCUACCAUAUGAGAAACUAGGAGCAGAUAUAUGGAGCAAACUUCUAAAUGAUAUUAAUCAGAUAUUGGACAAGGAGGAGACAGCCAUGCAUCAAUGUCUGGAGAAAUAUUUUGAGAGUGAUUUUGAGAAUGCUCAUCUCUUGGAAAUGUUUUGCGGGGAUUUUUUCAGAAGUGUGAAAUAUCUCAGGAAAGAACUUGAAAAUGUUCUUCGUGAUAAGUGUGAGAAGACAAUUCGUAUUCAGAAAGAGAAAUCCCAGAUUCAAGCUAUGCAAGCCCAAUAUAUUAACAUCAUGGAAGAAAAAGUAGCAGAAAUGAUGGACAGAAGGAGAAAUGAAAAAUACAUGGGAAACAGAGAGGCUCUACAGGAAGAAUUUGCGGAAAUGUGGGUAAAAACAGUUUCCACUUUAAGGCUAAGUAAGCUAGAAGUACACAAUGUUGGCCGCAAAAUCUUUCAACAAUUAAAAAGGGACAUAGGUUGUGAUGAUGAUGUGAUUAGGAACAGGCUCCGUAAACUCAAUCAAUAUAAGGAUAUUGUUCUGGAAGACAAGCAUCUCUCCAGUUAUUCUCCAGAACAUUGCACACUGGUAAAUGCCUUAAUUGAGAAAUGUAGCAAAUAUGUUGAAGACAUUAUGAGAAACAAAGAAGACUUUAAUGAAUUGUAUUCCCAAGAUUUGCUGUCAUUGAUCAAUAAAAGGCUAAGGAUGAGAGACUUCCAAGAUCUUCACAUUACGAAAUGCUUUGAGUUUGAUCUUAAACUUUACAUUCUAAGUAGUGCAACCAUUAAAUUCCAGCAGAUACAUGAAGACUUUGUACAAAGAAAUGAUCCAAGGACCUGCCUGGAGAUGCUGAAACCUCAGUACUACUCCACUUUUAAAAACAUGUAUGAGAAAAGGGAUGAAUGUAGAAGGAAAGCGGAACAGUUCUGUCAAUUAUGCCUGAAGCCGGCCAUCACCGAUCACAUCAACAAGUAUCUCGGUAAGGAGAUGAUGGAUGACAUCCUGCAAGUCGGUGGCCCAGAAGAAUUCAAGAGUCGGAAACGUUUACAAUUAGUGAUUCUUGAAAAGUUGCUAAAGGACAAAUCAUGUCAUCAGUAUGCAGAAUACAUCAGUGAUUAUGAGCAUUUUCUCAAAAAAUGGAUUUCAUCCUACAUUGCCGAACAUUACAAAGACCAAGGACCAAUCCAAGCAAUGCAAGAAAAAACACUCAAUUCUUUAAUGGCCAAAGUGCAGCAAACCUUCAAUCAUUCAACACUUUUCUCGUCUGCAAGCCUUACUGAGUUUUUGGUGCAAUUUUGUAACAUAUUUGAGAAAGAACUUGUCAUUUCCAAGAAUGACAUGAAAGCUGUCUUGUUCCAGAGUAAUCUAAAUGUUAAGCAAUUUGCCAAGGAUGUCAAGUUGUAUCUUCAUCAUUUACAAGAUGAAAUCCAGAAGGAGUUGAACACAAAGAGUAUAGAAACAACAUUGUCACAUCUGACACUAAAGCCUCAGGAGGAACUCUUUAGGAAGGUGAUUGGAUGUGGGAUGAAGUGUCCAUUCUGUAAAGCCCCCUGUGAAGCCGGAGGAGCUGACCACAAAGAGCACUUUGCCUCUCUUCACCGACCCACGGGACUAGGGCGAUAUGAAGACGAACAAACCAAAGCUCUUGACCAUUCUAUAUGUUCCACAAAUGUGAUCUCUAAUAAGACUUUCAAAAAUGAAGACACAGGCUGGAAGCCUCACCCUUACAAGGAUUACAGGACCUAUUAUCCAGACUGGGCCAUCUAUCCUGACAUGACUGCCAAUUCCUCCAACUAUUGGAAAUUUGUCUUGAAAGAAUUUAAUGAUUCAUUUGCCCAAAUUUAUGGGAAAAAAACAGCAAAAAUCCCAGAAGACUGGUUCAAAAUAAGUUGUCAUGAAGCCCUUACCAGCCUGAGGACAACAUUACAGUGAACCAGUCACCUGCAGCAGUGAGGACCAUGCGGAGAGGAGAUUUGUACUAUAUACCGAGCCCAAUGAUAAAAGCCAUUGUCACAUUGGAUACGUGUGUUAUCAUCAUGUCUUGCCCAAUCUUUUUCUAAACCAAGUGAAGGACCAUAAAGUACGAAUGCAAGAAGGUCUUUUCUUUGUUUCUGAUUGACACCCACAGACUCUAAUUAAAAAUGUUAAUUCUUCCUUCUCUUAAUUAUCUAAUUCAUUGUUCUUCUGUUAAUUAUUGUGGCUAUUAUCCAUUAUGAUGAACAAUUUUGAAUAAACUAAUCAUGAUGUGAA